AGGGAGAUACGGAGUCAAACCGAAUCAAAUAGAAUCCUCCUGAAAUAGGAAACUCGAUAAUUAUGCGUCCAAUAUUAUCUUUGUUGGAACUUCCAUAUUUCAAAUUCGAAGCCUCUUAACCUCAUCCUGACCGUUCAAUUCAAAUCCCCCGCCCCCAAAUCAAAUUCAAAGUCCCUUCUAUAUGAAUCCCCUGAAGGGCGCAACGGCACAACCCUCUCCUGCUCGCUGCAUUUCUCCUCUCGUUUCUCUCUAGCAUAGACACAAACUGUCUCCCUGACCAUCUUCCUCACCGCCAUGGCCGGAAUCUAUAAGCAUCCAUUGCAGACCAGCAACAAUGCCAAUGUCCCAAGCAUUCGUCCCCUGGCACCCUCUGGCAAGACCAUCGAAGAAACCUACCAGAAGAAAACUCAACUUGAACACAUCCUCCUCCGACCAGACACCUAUGUUGGCUCGAUCCAGAGGCGCGCAGAUACUCUCUGGGUCUACAAGGGCGGCGAAAUGGUCCACCGUUAUGUCACCUAUGUCCCUGGCCUCUACAAGAUAUUCGAUGAGAUCCUCGUCAAUGCUGCCGACAACAAGCAGCGUGAUCCAUCCAUGGAUUCUGUUAAGGUCGAUAUAGAUGUUGAGCAGAAUUGCAUCAGUGUGUAUAACAAUGGCGCUGGGGUUCCCAUUGAGAUGCAUCAGAAGGAAGGAGUUUAUGUGCCGGAAUUGAUCUUUGGGCAUCUAUUGACUAGCAGUAAUUACGAUGAUGCGGUGAAGAAGACGACCGGUGGGAGGAAUGGAUAUGGAGCGAAGCUCACCAAUAUCUUUUCUACCGAAUUUGUAAUCCAGACUGCCGAUGGUAAGAGGCAUAAGAAGUAUAAACAGGUAUUUUCAAACAACAUGGGGAAGAAAUCGGAGCCUGACAUAACCAAUUGCAAGGAAGGAGAGAACUGGACUAAGGUUUCCUUCAAGCCUGACUUGGCUAAAUUCAAUAUGACUCACCUUGAGAAAGAUGUUGUUGCCCUAAUGAAAAAGAGGGUGAUUGACAUAGCUGCAUACCUAGGUAAGACAGUCAAGGUUGAGUUGAAUGGGCAGCGGGUGCCUGUAAAUUCAUUCCUAGAUUAUGUCGAUCUCUACCUUCAAUCUGCCUCCAAAACCAGGCCAGAUCCCCUCACAAGGAUAGUAGAGAAAGUUAAUGAGAGGUGGGAAAUAUGCGUAUGUCCACUUAAAGGGCAAUUUCAACAGGUCAGCUUUGUGAAUGGGAUUGCCACCAUUAGGGGUGGUACUCAUGUUAACUAUGUUACUGACCAGAUCACAAACCAUGUGAUGAGCAUAGUACAGAAGAAGAAAAAGAAUGCCAAAGUUCAGGAUUAUACUGUGAGGAACUAUUUAUGGGUCUUCAUCAAUUGUCUUGUUGACAACCCUGCAUUUGAUUCUCAGACCAAAGAGACCUUGACUACUUGGCAAUCUAGUUUUGGAUCGCAAUGUGUACUCUCACAGGAGUUCUUGAAAAAAGUGGCUAAGUCUGGAAUAGUGGAAAGUCUGCUCUCUUUGGAAGAUGUCUAUCAGAGCUAUGAUCUUAAGAAAUCUGACGGAACAAAGAGACAAAGAAUUACAGGUAUUACCAAGCUUGAGGAUGCUAAUGAUGCUGGAGGCUGGAACUCCGAAAAAUGUACGUUGAUCCUGACAGAAGGAGAUUCGGCGAAGGCUCUUGCAAUGGCAGGAAUAUCUGUCGUUGGCCGGAACCAUUAUGGAGUGUUCCCAUUGAGAGGUAAGCUGCUCAAUGUCAGGGAAGCAAACCAUAAACAGAUUAUGGAUAAUGCCGAAAUCCAGAACAUCAAGAAGAUUCUUGGUUUGCAGCAUGGAAAGGUGUAUGACAGUGUCAAAUCACUGAGAUAUGGCCAUUUAAUGAUAAUGACUGAUCAGGAUCAUGAUGGGUCUCAUAUCAAGGGGUUGCUGAUUAAUUUUUUCCAUUCAUUCUGGCCCUCUCUGCUUAAAAUUCCAUCCUUUUUGGUGGAGUUUAUAACACCUAUUGUGAAGGCAACUCAGAGAAAUGGAAAGGUCUUGUCCUUCUAUACAAUGCCUGAGUAUGAAUCAUGGAAGGAAAGCUUGGGGGGAAAUGCCAUUGGCUGGUCUAUCAAGUACUAUAAGGGAUUGGGUACUAGCACAUCAAAAGAAGGCAAGGAGUAUUUCAAAGAUCUUCACAAGAACAAGAAAGAUUUUUGUUGGGUAGAUGAGCAAGAUGGAGAAGCCAUUGAGCUUGCAUUCAGCAAGAAGAAGAUCGAAGCAAGGAAGAACUGGCUCAGGCAAUUUGAGCCUGGUACUUAUCUUGAUCAGAAGGAGAAGCUCAUAAAGUACAGUGACUUUGUCAACAAGGAACUGAUACUGUUUUCAAUGGCUGAUCUGCAAAGGUCAAUCCCUUCUAUGGUGGAUGGUCUGAAACCAGGCCAACGGAAGAUUUUGUUCUGCUCUUUCAAGAGGAAUUUUGUGAAAGAAGCAAAGAUUGCCCAGUUUUCUGGUUAUGUAUCUGAGCAUUCAGCUUACCACCACGGUGAGGCAAGUCUUCAGAGCACAAUAAUUGGAAUGGCACAGGAUCAUGUGGGAAGCAACAACAUAAAUCUCAUGAAACCAAAUGGCCAAUUUGGCACCCGGCACCAGGGAGGCAAAGAUCAUGCAAGUGCAAGGUACAUUUUCACUUGUCUUUCUCCCAUCACGCGGUUCUUGUUCCCUAGGGAAGAUGAUAUCCUACUUGACUACUUGAAUGAAGAUGGACAGUCUAUUGAACCCACUUGGUACAUGCCAGUUGUCCCUACGGUUCUAAUCAAUGGAAGUGAAGGAAUUGGGACUGGGUGGAGCUCUUACAUUCCCAAUUACAAUCCAAGAGAUAUUAUUGCAAAUAUCAGGCACUUAUUGAAUGGUGAACCUAUGGAACCUAUGGAUCCAUGGUACAAAGGAUUCAAGGGCUCAAUUGAGAAAACAGCAACAAAGGAAACAGGGGUGAGCUACACUGUCAGUGGGAUCAUAGAGGAAAUCAACAACACAACUAUCAGAAUCACAGAACUACCCAUCCGAAGGUGGACCCAGGAGUAUAAGGAGUUCUUGGAGUCUAUAAUGACAGGAAAUGACAAAAUCAAGGACCCAUUCAUCAAAGAUUUCAAGGAGCAUAAUGAUGACACAACUGUCGAUUUUGAAAUCAUCUUGUCUGAGAAAAACUUGAUGGCAGCCAAGCAGGAGGGUCUGCUGAAAAAGUUUAAACUCACUACUACAAUCAGCACAAGCAAUAUGCACCUUUUUGAUGCAAAAGGUGUAAUUAAGAAAUAUGACACCCCAGAGCAGAUUCUUGAGGAAUUCUUUCAUUUGAGGCUUAAAAUCUAUGAGAAAAGAAAGAAAGUAAUGUUGGAAAAUAUUGAGAUGGAGCUGUUGGAACUGAACAACAAGGUCAGGUUCAUACUUGGGGUUGUGAAUGGGGAGAUCAUGGUGAUCAAUAGGAAGAGAAUUGAUUUGUUCCAUGAGCUGCACAAGAAAGGUUUCACUCCUUCCCCAAAGAAAGGAAAGACUGUUGAAGUAGCAGUGGCAGGGGCAACUAAAGGUGCAGAAGAAAAUGAAGAAAACUCAGAGAUAGUCGGAAGCAAGGGAGUACGAGAAAGUGAUUAUGAGUAUCUUCUGUCAAUGGCUAUUGGAACACUGACCCUGGAGAAGGUGCAGGAGCUCAUUGCUAACAGAGAUCAUCUGGAAAGUGAAGUAGAUGAGUUGAGGAAGGCUACUCCAAAGUCUUUGUGGAUAAAGGAUCUUAAAGCACUUGAGAAGGAACUCAAUGAGCAAGACAAGGAUAAUUACCAGGUAGAGAAGACAAGAAAGCAGUUUAAAAGCAAAGUGAUGAGUGAAGCUGGUAGGAAAGAAACAAGACAAGCUCCGAAAAAUACCCAGAAGAACAAUACAAAGAAGUCCAGUAAUCUGGAGCCUAUUGCUGAAUCUGUUACAGCAUUCAAUAGUUCUGCAAUAGACCCUGAGAAUGUUCCUGAGGUAGUGAAACCCAAUGGCAUUGCAGGAACAUGGAAAGCUCCAGCUAAAAAGCAAGUAAUGGUCGAGCCAGUUCUCGAUCUAAAAGAACUACUGGCUGCAUUUAAUCUCAAAUCUUCAGCACAAUCAACAGUCAUGGAGACUGAAACCCAAGCACCACCAGCAGGGAGGAAGAAAGUACCAGGCAAGAAGGCUGCCGGUAAAGCCAAUGCAGCCACAAGGAAAAAAGGACAGGCAAACAAGCAACCAUCAACUCUAUUGAAUCAGAAGCUAAUAAUAAAUGAUAUUCUGAAACCUGCUGAAAAUGCGGGGGUGUCACCUGAGAAGAAAGUGAGGAAAACUAGAGCUUCCCCAUUCAACAAGAAGAGUGGUUCUGUGUUGAGCAGGGUUGCAGGAAUGAGCAAUGUUGAACAGUUGGGUUCUGAUGGGGAGAGAAAGGUUGAGGCUGACGUUGUUCCGGGUCCAGCUAGGCCAAGAACGCAGAGUGCAAACCAGCAGAUCAAGUAUGUGAUUAGUGUUUCAGACAGCGAAGAGGAUGCCGUUGAUGAUUCUGAUUGGAGGCCAUUCUACUAAAGCAUCGAUUGAUCUGUCCUCUCGAAGCGUAAAGAAAGCGAACCCUAAGAGAACCCCAAGCGAGGACAACCCUCUCGGCCACUGCUCCCCCACCUCUCACCCUUCCUUCCCCUUCUCUCAUUCUCUCCCUUGCACCCUCUCUUCUUCCUCCUGCACUCCCUCUCUCUUCUUCUUCAUCCUGUCCCUCUGCCUUCUUCCUCCUCCACUCCCUUUCUCUUCUUCAUCUUCUGUUGGAAAAAGGUUCCCGGUUGGAGUUGCGCCUCGGCCGCCAGCCCCGCAGGUCGCCAUCCCCUCUAGGCGUGCCUCAAAGCUCGUUUGGUCUCCCGUUUGGGCAGCAGCCUCAUCACCUACACUCCCAUUCGCCUGCUAUUUCUCCAGUCGCUGUCUUGCACCACCGGCACUCUCAGUUGCAGCUUGGUCGCCAGCCAGCCCUGCUAGGGCAACCGCCCGCCUAAACUGCCUGACUAGCUUGGCCAAACGCCGAUUUGCUGUCAGAUGCAUGACCAGCAGCCCGCAAGGCUAACAGCUAUGCUCAGACACAGCUGCUUCACCAUUGCCCUCCGCAAAGCCGGCGCCGCUCCGUCGUGCCUGUCACCUCCGCUGGGCGGCCUAGGCAGUCUACCUGCUUGGCCGUGGCCCUCCGCAUGGCCAGCGCCCCUCACAGUGGCUGCCUCUGCCUGUUAUGGGCUUCCUUGGUCUUAUCUUUAAGCACAUGUGGGCUAUUGAUUUGUCACUGAGUUUUUAAGCCAAUGUCGGCUUGGGAUUGUUGUCCAUGAUAGGCUUUUAUUACCAUUGUAGGGGUUUGUGAUUUUAUCUUCGGUGCUGUAUUUUUUCUCCUCUUUAUUUGAACGUAUGUUAUUUACACACAUAAAAAAAAUUUAAAAAAAAAAAAAAAAAAAAAAAAGUUCGUUUCUCGUGUGAAAA